UGUGGCAGAUACGUACCGGACGACAGUCGGGCGCCAUGGAGGCCUACGAGCAGGUCCAGAAGGGAGCCCUGAAGCUAAAGGGCGUCGCAGAACUGAGCGUAGCCAAACGGAAGAAGAAAAAGGACAAAGACAAGGCGAAGCUGCUGGAGGCGAUGGGGACCAGCAAGAAGAACGAGGAGGAGAAGCGGCGCGGCCUGGACAAGCGGACGCCGGCCCAGGCGGCCUUCGAGAAGAUGCAGGAGAAGCGGCAGAUGGAGAGGAUCCUGACGAAAGCUUCCAAGACUCACAAGCAGAGGGUGGAGGACUUCAACAGACACCUGGACACACUCACAGAGCAUUACGACAUUCCCAAAGUCAGCUGGACCAAGUAGCCUUGGCCCUUCGCCUGGAGCCACGAGGGGCAGUGGAAGGUCCUGGGGGGUUUAUAUAACUGUUGCUCUGCAUGCCCUCAUGUGUCGUGCCGUGGCCAUGCUUCCCAAAGCUGUGGACCCUUUCUGGAAUUUGAUUAAACUGACCAGCCUAUUUGAUGUAAGUGUCCUAGUAGCAUGUAGGAGACACACCUGCUGGUCGGGAGGGGAAGGUUCACCCAGAGGCCAAGGCUGUUUCUGUGUGCAGGCCAUGCGAACGCGGUGCAGGGAGUUGUGUCUCGCCCUCUGAGCCUGGCCAGUUGUCUUCGUUGAAUGGGAUGGGCCCCAGAGGGUCAGGAGCUAAUGCCAGCACAGCCUGUGAUGUGCAGACCCUACAGGCUCCACGGGGCUGCCCCUCCCGCUCGGGGCUCAUGUUGCCCAGGUCCAGGGACAAUGCAGCCUGUGUGAGCACCACCACCAGGGCAGCGAUGGGAUGCACGCUCUGUCCCUUUCUGAGCCUGUUCCCCAGGUCCCCUUGCAGACACUCAUGAUGGCAUUGCCAUGGCAGGCAUUGCUGGUCCACCACAGCGUUCUUGUGCUGGGAUCUGGACACACCUGCCCCUCAGCCCUCCGCCUGGGCUCCAGACAGCCUUGUAUUCAUUGAAUUGACAUGUCACACCUCACAAGCGGCAGGAGCCCAGCACAUACCUGCAGGGGUGCUUCACCUGGGAAGUCCAGGUUACCAGUGCUGGGGCCAGGCUCUCAAGGGCCCAUGUGUCCCAGAUAAGGGUCAAGCUGCAAAUGCUGUUGGGAGAGAUCAUCUUUGUGGACAUAGACACCGGAAAAGUGACAGGCACAAGGGAAGGACCAGGUGUGGGGUUUGGGGUUGUCCUGUGUAAACUACAGAAUAAAGGAAAACCAGUUGUUAAAUCUGA